UCCAAUGUUUUUCGACGCCUUAAAGGGCUUAACUUGCUCAAAUAGUUUCACAACAGAAAUGGACUGAAAGAUGAUUAAUUUAAAGGCGGAUAGCGGAUAGUUCGCCAUCAUUUUACUACUUAAUUUCGCCGACGUUAUCGCGCAUGUGCGUCAACACAACUAGCGCAUGUAUUAGUUUGGACACACUGGGAUAUAGUUUUGACAGAUCGGAUUUAGUUAUAUCGGAGUUAAAUAAAUAUUACAUACUCAUUUCAAAAUAAAACAUUCAAAAGUUUAUGUAUUUACAAAAUCCAUUUAGAAUAUAGAAGUUCCACAAAUCGGGGUACAGAUAUCAGAUAUUUUUGAGGACGUUAAUAAGUAACUGUCGAUUUUCCACUGGAGGUCGAGAAGAAAAAUAAAAUAUGCAGCCGAGUAUUUUAUUUAUCAAGAUAUCGGUGACACUGGCCGUUGUGUAUGGUGUACCUAUCAACCCUAUGAAACGUUCAGCUGGUUUAGAUGCUGAAGACCUAACAAACAGUUUGUCGAAGCUAAAAUCUUUGUUAGAAAAGUUGGAAACAGCGGGGAUUACAAAAACAAAUCUGGCGGACAAUAUCGAAGAAAGCGCGAAGCAGACGACAGACCACGGUAAAGAAAAAUCGGACAAAAGUGAUGGAGAUACCGACGAAACUUUGUUGAAUUCCGUCGGCAAAGAAAGUGGAAGUCAGGAGAGAAUCAUUAACAUGAAGAAAUUCGUUGAAACUCUUACACCGAAAGAGUUACAAAAACUAAAGACGCUUAAAGAACUUGUACAAGACACUAAAAACACAAGAAAAGAAGACAAGAUAAUUGAAGGUUCAUUUGCGGACACUGCAGUGCACGACUCUAAAGAAAGACCUGACGUCACAAACUGGAAAGAACUGGCAAAGCGUCUCGAGAACGAGAGAGAUGAUCUCUAUCUGCAAUAUUUGAAGGAAGAGGACAAACCGGUACAUAUAGAAACAGAAACGAAGGAAGGAACUUUUGGUGAAUUUCGUGAUGAAAUAAAAUAUGCAGUGGAGAAAAACCUCCUCACCGACGUCGCCCUAGCCAUACACAGUGGCAUUGAUGUGGAUGAAAUACUUGCAGAUCUUUCAGCACAAGGCAAUGAGAGAAGUUAUGGUGCCAUUUGGACAAAGAGAAACAGAGACUGAUAAAGUGCUGAGAUAGAACAAUUUAAAUAAUAAACUAAUAAAAUACUAGUAUAUCUGUAAAUCUUGUGCAAUUUCAACAAAUUUCGUGUUACAUGUACGAUUUUAUCACUCACUUCAAGUGACUCCAUGUGAUAGUUUAAGCCUAUGUUUGACAAAAAUUAUCUUUAGGCAUUCUGCGGAUAUCAUGUACAGACAGAUUUACACCUCUACUGGCUGCCAUGAUAUUUUACCGGAUGUUUUGAUUUUAAUGCACAUGCGCUCUUUACGUGUGGCAAAAAAAACUGCUUAUCAAUAAUUAAACCUAUGAAUUAAUAGCCGUUGAGGCUGACACAACAGCAUUACAUUGUUUAUAACAAGAAAUCGUGGAAAUGUGUAACAAAAAUGCUAUCAAUGGAGUUCUCAAGUUAACUUAAAUGUCAAAUGUUGAUGUUGUUGAUGUUAUAUGUCCGUAUUCUUCACAUUAAAGAUUUUAAUAUAACUCUA